GCUUCCCAAACACUGAACUUUUUAAUUUUAAUUUUAAUUUUUUUUUGUUUUUAUUCAGUCAUUAAAUUCCGAGAAAGCAAUGGGAACCGAAGCCCCGAUGAAAAGAAAUCAAAAUCUCAACGACAUCAUGAAACGAUCCUCUUCUUCGAACUCCGAGUCACUCAAUCACCUCGACUCACCCCACUCACCUCUCCGAUUUCACUCCCCUCUCCGAUCCGACCAGGGCGACCCCGACCCUCCCGAGCCAGACAACCCCUCUCCUCCCUAUGCUUCCCCGGCUGCCUCCCCCGGAAAACCCCCAGUCGACAACUCCAAGGCACUCGUCGUCGUCGUCGAUAAGUCCACCCAGUUAAACGCCAAUUAUUCUCCUUUUCCUUCGCCGCCGCCGCGUCCGACGACUCCGCCGCAGCAGUCGUCGCAUUUUACAGUGAAUCGCGCGAUAAAGGAGGAGGCACCGGGGGUGUCGACGAGGACGAAGGCGGGUGGUGGAGGAGGAGCGAGGGCUGUAGCGCAGGUGCUGAGGAGAUCGAAGGUGAGGCAGACGGUGGAGAUGGCUGCUUUCGCGUUUCGAUUAAGCGAAGUCGUUCUGUGCUUGAUUUCUUUCUCUGUCAUGGCUGCUGAUAAAACCCAAGGCUGGAGCGGUGACUCUUUCGAUCGCUAUAAAGAAUACAGGUAUUGUUUAUCAGUAACUGUGAUUGGAUUUGUAUAUGCGGGGUUUCAAGCUUUUGAUUUAGCUUACUAUCUCAUCACAGAAGCACAUGUAUUCCACCAUUACCUCCGUCAGCCUCUCAGUUUCUCCAUGGAUCAGAUGCUAGCCUAUCUUUUGAUUUCUGCAUCGUCUGCUGCAGCCACCCGGGUUGAUGAUUGGCAAUCUAAUUGGGGCAAGGACGGGUUCACUGAGAUGGCUAGUGCCUCAGUUGCAAUGGCCUUCCUAGCCUUUAUUGCCUUUGCAUUUAGCUCGCUCAUAUCUGGUUACGAACUCUGUACCCAUGAGUCUCCAUGAUCUCUCAGAGGCAGUUGCAGCUAGAGGUGGUAUUAAAAUCACAUGAUUGUGGGAUUAUAGCAUGUUUUUCUUAUUGUACAACUUCAGAUGCAAAUUCUAUUUUUAUUAUUGUACAGAGAAGAACAUAUUAUAGCAUGUUUUUCCAUACAAUUUUUUAACCCUUCAAAAGAUGACAAUGUAAACGUUCAGAGUUUAUGGAAUAUACCAUUUUAUUGUACUUGA